AUGGAAUCUUUGGCCAACCAACUUGCUGACCUCACGGCAAGUGCAGGGCCACAGCUAGAUGAUAUUUUGCGCCUAGAAUCUACCAUCCCUUAUUCCAAAUUCAUUAAUGAUUUCCGCAGUAUCUGCAUCAACCUGAACUCGCUCUGCCAAAGCCUCAAACCGGAAUUUGAUAAGUUGGCAUUAGUCCCCAAGCCCACGCUGCCUCUAAAUCCCACUACCAAACAACCUGACCGAAUCAUUGUAGCUGAACUGCUAAAUAUAGCCCCUAGUACCACUUCAGAAGACUAUAAAAAACACCUCAAAAAUAUUUUCGAGGAAAAAUUUAAGGAAGAACUCAAAGCCAAUCUGGACGCAGAUUUUUCAUUGGCAAAACUCGUACUGGAUCACAACGAACAUAUUUUCCAGGUCAUGGCAACUAGCGAGGAGUUCACUAAACCAUCAAAACCUAUUACAGUGCAACAAUCAAAUAGCAACGUUGAUGAAUACCUGAAAAAGUUGUAUGAGGCUUCCAAAUGUUAA